GGAAGCGGCGCGGGCGGUGCCCCGGAAGCGGCGGGCGCUGACCCGGAAGCGGCGCGGGGUGGGCAGGGCGGCGAUGGCGGCGGAGGAGCCUCAGCAGCCGCAGCCGGAGCCGCUGGGCGGCAGCGAUGCCGACGGUGUGAACUGCCUGGCCUACGACGAGGCCAUCAUGGCGCAGCAGGACCGGAUCCAGCAGGAGAUCGCGGUGCAGAACCCGCUGGUGUCCGAGCGCCUGGAGCUGGCCGAGCUCUACAAGGAGUACGCGGAGGAUGACCACGUGUACCAGGAGAAGAUCAAGGACCUGCUCCAGAAGUACUCCUACAUCCGCAAGACGCGGCCGGACGGGAAUUGCUUCUACCGCGCCUUCGGCUUCGCGCACCUGGAGGCGCUGCUGGAGGACGGCCAGGAGCUGCAGCGGUUCAAGGAGGUGUCGGCGCGCAGCAAGGAGGAGCUGGUGGCCCAGGGCUUCACCGAGUUCACCAUCGAGGACUUCCACAACACGCUGAUGGAGCUGAUCGAGCGCGUGGAGCGCCGGGUGCCGCUGCCGGAGCUGCUGGCGGCCUUUAACGAGCCGGCCACGUCGGAUUACCUGGUGGUUUACCUGCGCCUGCUCACCUCGGGCUGCCUGCAGCGCCACCGGCGCUUCUUCGAGCAGUUCCUGGAGGGCGGCCGCAGCAUCAAGGAGUUCUGCCAGCAGGAGGUGGAGCCCAUGUCCAAGGAGAGUGACCACAUCCACAUCAUCGCUGUCCCCUCUGUGUCCCCGUGUCCCCUCUGUCCGUCACGCUCCAGCCUCUCCCGUGUCCCCCACACCUCAGUGACCCCACUGACCCCUGUCUGUCCGUCUGUCUGUCCCCAGGAGGUGGAGCCCAUGUCCAAGGAGAGUGACCACAUCCACAUCAUCGCUGUCCCCUCUGUGUCCUCGUGUCCCCUCUGUCCCUCAUGCUCCAGCCUCUCCCGUGUCCCUCAUGUCCCCCACACCCCACUGACCCGUCUGUCCGUCUGUCUGUCCGCAGGAGGUGGAGCCCAUGUCCAAGGAGAGUGACCACAUCCACAUCAU